CCCAGGGGCCUCAUGUAUCAACACUGCGUACGCACAAAAACACGGCGUACGCCAGCUUUCACGUUCACGGCCAGAUGUACUAACAGUGAAAUUAACGUAAGAAUGUGCGUUCCUUCAAGUAAACUUCAUGUCUGGCGUACGUACAUUUGUCGUGAUUUUUGUCCGUUGGCGACUCAUAGAGGCAAUAAAAUGAAGUGGCAAACAUUACACUACGAAUUGUUCUAUCGCAUCACCAGCUGUCAGAUAUUGCUUAUAAUUUGUAAUUGAUAAAUUAUUUUACAUAUUAUUGUCACACGAGUCUUAAAAUAUUCUAUUAAUUAUGCUAUUAAUUAAAGUAAGAACAUAUAUAAAGCGUGUGCAAAUUGAUACAUCCCGUCUAGCAAUGGCAGCGUUGGCUUUAUUAGAGGACAUUUUGAAUGGACGAAUCUGGAGAGAACAAACUUUUAGGGACUACAAUGAUUUUCUGGCCCACGAUGAUGACUGGCUUAUCAGCCGUUUCAGAUUUCCAAGGGCUAUUCUCUUGGAGCUCUGCACUGAGUUGGGUCCGAAUUUAGAAAGCGAGACAAUGAGGAGCCACGCAUUACCGGUUCCUUUACAGGUGCUUACUACACUUGGUUUCCUGGAAACUGGUUCUUUUCGAAGAGAACUGGCAGACCGCUCAGGAAUAAGCCAGUCGUGUUUGAGCUGUGCAAUGCCAGCUGUAUGGGACGGGAUCAUCCACUUGUCUACCAGGUAUAUAAUGUUCCCAUACGAUGCAGGUGACCAGCCAAACAUUAAAGCGCAAUUUGCAGCGAUAGCCGGUUUUCCUAAUGUAAUCGGAGCGAUCGACUGCACACAUAUUGCUAUAAGGGCGCCAUCUGAAGAAGAAUUUGCAUAUGUGAAUCGGAAACAUUUUCAUUCAAUAAAUGUGCGGAUUAUAUGUGAUGCACAAAUGCGCCUUACAAAUAUUGUGGCAAGGUGGCCUGGGGCAACCCACGAUUCAUAUAUCCUUACAAACAGCAUGGUUGGGAUGAGACUCCAAGCUGGCAGGGUGCGCGAUGGGUGGCUACUUGGAGACAGUGGUUAUCCACUAAAGACGUGGCUGUUAACCCCCCUCACCAACCCACAAACUGAGCGAGAGCGCAGAUACAAUGAUGCCCAUUCUCCCACUCGGUCAGUUGUGGAGCGAGCAAUUGGGCAGCUGAAAUGUCGGUGGCGCUGCCUUGAUCGGACCGGGGGAAUGCUGUUAUACCGCCCUGACAAGGUUUGCCGCAUCAUACUGGCCUGCGGAGUGCUGCACAAUGUUGCGCACAGGCAUGGCAUAACCCUUGGUGAGGUGGUGGCAUUGCCAGAUGACCCUGACCCAGGACUAGUACAUGUGCAGCACAAUCAACAAGCCAUUCAGGCCCGUCAGUGUGUAAUUGCAACAAUAUAAAAGGUACUCAGACACAAAGUUCAUUUUUUGACCAAUUCCUUUAAUG